AUGUUUAGUGGUUCUGAGAGUGAAAAAAGCAAAAAUGAGAGUGGGAAUGGCAAUGGUUCUGAGAGUGGGAAGGGUGGUGAUUGUGAGAAUGAAAAUAUUGAACAUGAGAGUGGGAAUUUUGUUGGUGAGAAUAGUGAACUAGAGAGGCAAGAAGAUGAGGAUGAUUUUCUUGAUAGUGAUUAUGAUUUCAGAAAUAGUAGCAGUGAAGAUGAUGAUGCAUUGGGCCAGUUGGGGGGGAUGGAAGAUGGUGAUUCUAGUACUGAUAGUGAUGAUGAUGUGGUUGAGGUUCCUGAUGAUUUAGAUGAACUGAGG